UCAUGGCGCCAACACCGACACCGGCGGCGAGCACAAGCUCGCUGACUCUCACCAAUGCUUUGAUGAGCAAGUUCAAGCCGGCCAAGAUCUUCAAAGAUGCCGUCGAGCCUCUGCCGCCCAAAAGCCCCAGCGGUCGCGCCACGCCUCCCGGCCCUCGACAUAUCACGGGAAUGUCUUUCGACGACAGAGGGACCCAACUUAUUACCGCUGCUGAGGAUGAGACGUUCCGCCUGUACAGCGCUAGAUCUGGCAAGCAGUCGAAGACUCUGUUCUCCAAGAAAUACGGCGUAGAUCUACCAAGGUUCACGCACAAGGACACGGCCAUUAUCCACGCCUCAACGAAAGAGGACGACACCGUCCGCUACCACUCCCUGCACGACAACAAGUACCUGCAGUACUUCCGAGGUCACAAGGCGAAGGUCGUCACGCUCGAGAUGUCUCCGGUGGACGACACGUUCAUGUCCGGCUCGCUCGACAAGACCGUGCGUCUCUGGGACCUACGCACGCCCCAAUGCCGAGGGCUGCUCAACCUCCCCUCCUCCCCUAUCGUCGCCUACGACACCUCCGGGCUCGUCUUCGCCGUCGGCGUGAACGAGUACCAACGCAUCCUCGUCUACGACCUCGCCAACUACGACAAGGAGCCCUUCCUCGUCAUCGAGCUCGAAGACCCGACGCUCUCCCUCGUCAGCUUCCCGCCGCGCCCCAUCUACAUGACCUCCCUCGCCUUCUCCCCCAACGGCAAAUACAUCCUCGUCGGCUGCUCCGGCGACGCGCACUACAUCGUCGACGCCUUCGACGGCUUCCUCCUCGCCAAGCUCGAGGGCCACGUCGGCCUCGAGCGCCGGCGGCCGGACGUCGCGCCCGGGAUCCAGCCCGUGCGCGGCUGCAGCGGCGAGGAGGUCUCCUGGACGCCCGACGGCAAGUACGUCGUCGGCGGCAGCCUCGACGGCAAGAUCGUCGUCUGGGACGCGCAGACCAUCCCGCAGCGGUCCGAGCCCGCGAGCCUCAAGUCGCCCCCGGGCCGCAUCGCGCCCCUGGCGAAGCUCGACGGCCAUCCGGGCCCAUCGCGGUGCGUGAGGUUCAACCCGCGCUACGCGAUGAUGGCCACCGCCGGCGCCGAACUCGCGUUCUGGCUGCCCGAUCAGUCUGCGGACCUGGAAGAGGUGGCGAAAGAACUCUUGAAGAAGCGCGCGCCCGCGCCGUCGACCUAAAGUGCCCGCAAUCCCCCCUUUGUCUCGGCGAACUAUUGAAACGCCAAAAUAUCGACGGUCUCUCCGUCAUUUCACCAAAGGAAACCGAUCGCUCAGAAGUCGCCGCGGGGGGGGGACGCUCCCAGACCUUCAGGGGCACCCACCCAACCGCGAUCGCAACUGCGAAUCACCCCUUGCCCCCCCCCCCUCCUUCUUUCUCGCUCCCCGCAACCAUGCC